AUGCUCAGCUAUGGCGGGACUGGCAAGCCUACCGACCCGGUGGCGUACUUCCCGAGCUUGAUGUCGAGAGACAUUGUCGAUGUCUUGGACGCCGAGAAGCUCGAGAAGGUUAUUUGCAUCGGCCAGGACUGGGGCUGCAAGGCGAUCUCGCGUCCCGCGAACUAUUAUCACGAGCGCACCAUCGGCUGCGUCUUCCCCACCACCUCCUUCACACAAGUGCUUCCCCCGAUGGACUUUCAAGUAUUCCUGGAUUCUCGGGCACGAGACGUUCGGCUAGUUGAGAUUUCUCGAUCGACUCGUUCGUCAGCGUCAUGUUUGCGCAACCCUGGGAUCUGGAAGAAGCACCUGGCCCUGACGGGCACGCUCGAGCAGAGUCUGCUCGACGACUUCGUCUCGUUCUGGCCAGCCUACCUGUCCGAGGAAGACGCGAAGCACUUUGUAGAGACGUUCAGAUGCGGCGGCUUUUGCAGCGACGACGUACUCUGA